AUGGCCACAGCAGCGCACGAUUACCUCACAACACUCCCUCAGGAGAUCUUCGACCAGAUAGUAGAGAAUGUACGCGGAACAUCAGACUCUUCCUCACCUUCAGAGACUGCCAAGCUAUACGCCACACUCCGCCUCAUCAAUCGACGGGCUUGCGCAAAGGCGGACAAGGCGUUCGCGAAGCACCACUUCUCAACCGCGUAUACCCUCCUAUGCGACGAUGAAAGUCACAUCAGGACCGAGUGGAUAGCCAGCCAUCCACGCUGGGGCAAAGCCAUCGAGACUCUCAUCUUCAACGUAGACGAGGUCGAGCGGACCGACAACGUCAUGGUAUCGACAACGCAGCAUUCCAGGAGUCACGUAAACACCGCAACAGGCAUGCUUCGAGGCUACCAAUUGCACCAAAACCAACAGUACCUCCGCAAUUCUAGACAAGACCUCUUGCUCCUCAACUCGAUUUUCAGCCAUGUUCGUAGAAAUGGCAAUAAAGUAGAAAUCCAGGUCCGGGACCAUCUGUGUAAUGAAGACCACAUUCGGCAAAGUCGAAGGGCGUGGACCAAGUACGCGGAUCUUGAUAGCAAUUGGAUCUCUUCGCGCUCGGUCUUCUUGACGCCUGAGCCUGACCAUCAGAGGCCAUUGAGACUGCUACUGAAUGCGCUGUCUUUGAGUCAAUUGGACGUGCAGCAUUUCUCCCUGGAGACCGCAGCGUGGAGUAUCUCAACGGAUAGCUUCGCCCAUCCAGCACUCCUCUCGAACUUCCGGGAGAGCUUGGGGCGAACAGUCACCAAUAUGAAGCUCGCCCUCUGGACUCCUGUGCCCGCGGCUCGAGGCAGUGUCACGGCAUUCGUCCGCGAGCUAGCGAACUGUCAACACCUCAGCAGCCUAUGGCUAAGCUUCUACCACCAAGACAUAGAAAACCUGGAAGCCGCGCGCUACUACAAGAAAGACCGCUUCAUCGCGUGCGAUAUCGAACCAGAUAAUGGCCAGCAGCCAGGAGGCCAUCUUGUGGUGCAGGAGCUGUUUAAGCACAAAUUCGCCAAGCUGGAAACGCUGCGGCUGGAUCAUGCUGCCUUUUACGUCCAGGACUUGCAGAGUUUCGUGGCGCAAAAUGGUCAACUGAGGACUUUCAACAUGAUGUAUGGGAAGAUGGGUGGAUGUGAGGAGUGGUGUCUGGCGAAGUCUUCUGCGGAGGCUUCGAGGUUUCUUACGGGGUUUGUUGGGAUCGAUGUGGGGUGUUUUCUUGAUGGGGAGCAUCAUAUGCAGAAUUGGAGUAAGAAGUUCUGGGAGUGGAAGUGCUGGUGA